AAUGCACGGCACCAACUUUCUCAAACAACGUCAUCCUUAGCCACAACACAGGAGAUCACCAUGCCGAAGAAGUCAGCAGCCGAACUCAGCGAAUAUGAACUGCAACGACAGGAAAACAUAGCAAAAAAUCAAGCUCUGCUUCGUCAAUUGCAACUCGAAGCCGCAUCCGCUGGUCUCGCGCCGAAGAAGCCUGCACGUCCUGCCUCCAACAAUGCUGCCAAGAAGAGGAAGGCUCCAGUGCAAAGGAUCAAAGAGGAGGUACAGCCCAGACGCACAUCUUCCAGAUUGAAAGGAAUUGUCGCCGAUUCCGAGGUCGCCAGACGAAAAGCUGAAGAGGAGUCUGAGCUGCUAGCUCAAGCCGAGCGAGCAAAACGCCAACGCGUCUCUGCAGAUCUACGCUUCUCAGAUGUCGUAGUGGCUGGAAAAGAUUGGGAUCAGAGUGGAAACUUCCUACGCAUAGUCGGUCCCGCAAACCCUGGCGAACGCACCUUCAGUGCUCAAGAUGUGAAGGAAACCACAGACACGGAGUUGAAAGAACUGCGCGAACGCAUGAGCAACCUCGACUUAUGGCAAGGCUUCGAACCCAGCAGGAUCAAAAUCACCCCCGAGAGAAUCUACUCUCUAGGCUUCCACCCUACCACCGAAAAAGCCCUUGUCUUUGCUGGUGACAAGCUAGGAAGUCUAGGUCUCUUCGACGCCUCCCAACAACCUACCUCGACCAUUAAGAAUGAAGACGACGACGAGUCCGACGACGAAGAAGCCACCCCUUCAAUUACUACCCUCAAAAUCCACACUCGCACAAUCUCCGCCUUUCAAUUCUCCCCCCACGAUCAAAAUGCUCUAUACUCAGCCAGCUACGACAGCUCCAUCCGAAAACUAGACUUGCAAAAAGGAGUAGCCAUAGAAGCUUAUGCUCCCAUCUCAAAAGACGACGAUGAACCCCUCAGUGGAGUAGAAAUGUCUCAAUUCGACCCCAACACCCUCUUCUUCAGCACUUUGAACGGAAACUUUGGCCGUCACGAUACCCGCUCAAAACCAGGAACUUCAGGCACAAACCUCUACACUUUGUCAGAAAAGAAAAUAGGAGGCUUUAGUCUACAUCCCGCUCACCCGCAUAUCUUUGCAACCGCUUCCUUGGACCGCUAUUUACGAAUCUGGGAUUUGCGAAUGCUGAAAGAUGGCAAAGAGGAAGCUCCCAUGGAAAUAGGUGCUCAUGAGAGUAGGUUAAGUGUUUCUCACGCAGCCUUUAAUUCUGCAGGACAAAUCGCAACAGCAAGUUACGAUGACACUGUCAAAAUCUACGAUUUCAGCUCUGCAGGAAGUUGGGAUAAAGGUGUUGAGCUCAGUGAGGAUCAAAUGACUCCAUCGACCAUAAUUCCUCAUAACAACCAGACUGGAAGAUGGGUAACUAUUCUUCGUGCGCAAUGGCAACUCCAACCUCAAGAUUCCAUCCAACGUUUCUGCAUUGGAAAUAUGAAUCGCUUCGUCGAUGUCUACACAGGAGACGGACAACAACUUGCUCAGCUCGGAGGAGAAGGCAUCACAGCUGUGCCCAGUGUUGCACAAUUCCAUCAAUCUCAAGAUUGGAUCGCCGCAGGCACGGCAAGUGGCAAGUUGUGUUUAUGGAUGUAAUAAGAACACCAAGGAGGCAGAGAAAGGGGUUGGAGGCGUGAGGUGAGGUUUUGCUAAAGGGGACUGGAGGUUCUUGGAUAUAAAGAAAAAGGAGGUGCUUAUCUGGUUGGUUGGUUGCUUGUAUUUGCCAAUCUGAAAAUUCCAAGAUGGAACUCUGGUUAUACAGUAGUACAAGUAUCAGUUUUAGUCUCACAAAGUACGAAAUCACGAAAUAUCUAUCUUUUCCAC